GUUCUGGAGAGGAACAUGCGCAGUUUUACACUCUCAGAGUGUGCGGUCCCUCCAGGCUCCUGGCUCCUCUGCGCACACUGCAGGUUUCCACAGAAGACAGGCUGCAGGGACAGAUACCUGCCAUUCCUAGAGCCCUGCACAGGGCAGGGAUGGAAGUGGGCGCUCGGACGUGUGUUGGAGGGGUCACUGGCUGCAGCAUGGGAGCUGUCCUGGCAGGGAGAGGACAUUGAUGCAUGUGACAGCCUUCCCCAGCACCCCAGCAGGCAGCAGCAGCAGCUCCCAUCCCUGGAUGACAAGCCCCAGUUCCCAGGGGUCUCUGCAGAGUUUGUGGACAAGCUGGAGUUCAUCCAGCCCAAUGUCAUCUCCGGCAUCCCCAUCUACCGUGUCAUGGACCGCCAGGGCCAGAUCAUCAACCCUAGUGAAGACCCCCACCUGCCCCAGGAAGAGGUGCUGAAGUUUUACAGGAGCAUGACGCUGCUUAACACCAUGGACCGCAUCCUCUACGAGUCCCAGCGGCAGGGUCGGAUUUCCUUCUACAUGACCAACUACGGCGAGGAGGGGACGCAUGUGGGGAGCGCUGCUGCCCUGGACCGGACGGACCUAGUGUUUGGCCAAUACCGGGAGGCAGGUGUGCUCGUGUACCGGGACUACCCCCUGGAGCUGUUCAUGGCCCAGUGCUACGGCAACGUGAGCGACCCAGGCAAGGGACGCCAGAUGCCCGUUCACUAUGGCUGCAAGGAGCGCCACUUCGUCACCAUCUCCUCUCCACUGGCCACGCAGAUCCCUCAGGCGGUGGGGGCGGCCUAUGCCGCCAAGCGCGCCAACGCCAACCGGGCCGUGAUCUGUUACUUUGGUGAGGGGGCAGCCAGUGAGGGGGAUGCCCAUGCCGGUUUCAACUUCGCUGCCACCCUGGAGUGUCCUAUCAUCUUCUUCUGCCGGAACAACGGCUAUGCCAUCUCCACGCCAACCUCCGAGCAGUACCGUGGGGAUGGCAUAGCGGCUCGUGGCCCUGGGUACGGCAUCAUGUCCAUCCGUGUGGAUGGCAACGAUGUGUUCGCAGUGUACAACGCCACUAAGGAGGCUCGGCGGCGGGCUGUGGCUGAGAACCAGCCCUUCCUCAUUGAGGCCAUGACCUACAGGAUUGGGCACCACAGCACCAGUGACGACAGCUCAGCGUACCGCUCGGUGGAUGAGGUCAAUUACUGGGACAAGCAGGACCACCCGAUCUCCAGGCUGAGGCUGUACCUGCUGAACCGGGGUUGGUGGGAUGAGGAGCAGGAGAAGGCCUGGCGGAAGCAGUCACGGAAGAAGGUGAUGGAGGCCUUUGAACAGGCUGAGCGGAAGCUGAAGCCGAACCCAAGCCUGCUCUUCUCUGAUGUGUACCAGGAGAUGCCCGCGCAGCUGCGCAGGCAGCAAGAGGCCCUGGCCCGGCACCUGCAGACCUACGGGGAGCACUACCCCCUGGACCACUUUGACAAGUGAGGCCACCCGGAGGCGGUCCUGUGCUCAGUGGAGGAGGGGGUGGCAGGAUGCUGCCCCUCUCCUAGUCAGAACUGCUGGGAUGCUCGGGGCCAUGGUGGCGCUCCAGACUGUGGUGGGGUGACUCCCGCUCCAGCUCCCCCAGCCCACUUCACUGGGGCGGGGUUUGCAGCCAUUGCUGCUGCUCUGUCCCUAUUUCACCUGUUACAGUGCCUUCUAGGGGUGGGGCCAGGCCAGGGAAGACCCUCUGGGCAGGGUGGCUCUGGAUCCCACCCAGAGAUUGAGCUGGUCAGCACAGUGAGUAAACCGUGGCUCUGCCUCUGA